AUGACUAUCAUACCAUGGUUUCCUGAGCAUACCACAAGAGACAUAUAUAUUUCCCUUCUUCAACAAGAAUCAGCCACCGACCUUCAAUUAAGAGCCGCUCUUUUACGCCGUGCCAUGACAAAUAUUGAAAGGGUAUUUAAAUUAAGGGAGGACAGACGAGCUCUUUCUAUAUUAUUACAUAAAGGUGCUGUAGGUGACGAUCUAUGGAUUUCGUUCACACAAGCUGAUCAAGAGAAUCAAAGAGAUAUGAUGGAAGUUACAGCAGAAGCUGAUACUUUUAAAGAAAAUUGGGGGCAAACGAUAUUACAUACUGCCAAUGAAAUGCAUAAUUGA